AUGAGGAAGAUCUUUGGUAUUGGUCUGUUCUUGGCUACCCUCGCAAAUGCGACGGUAAGCCCUAGCUCGAUAAAUUCGGAUAUCUCAAUCAUUAUUCAUAAUGAUUUGAUGCAGAAUACGAGCUCAUUAGCCAACUCUGGAGUCCUGCUGCUUGACCCAAUGCCACUACAGAAAGCUAUCGAGACAUGUAAAAGUCUCAGAGAAACGCUGUGGACAUAUCAGACAGGAUUUUCAGAAAUAAAGAGUGAUCUGGAUUAUCUCAUUUUUCAGGGAAAGUAUGCAAAUAGCCAGGACUAUUGGAUUGCUCCUGUCCAUAACACCCCAUCCACUAUCGACGUGAAUGGAAAGGUUCAGAAGGCAUCUGCCAAUUCCAAACUUCCAGCAAUAUGUACUCAAUCUGCACCGUACUCCAACUCAGAGAUUCAAGAUACAAACUCGACCUGGCAGGUUUCGGUUCAUUCGAACAAUGAAUAUUUGACAGGAUUUCGCGAUCGGUUCAGUUUUCGCUUUCUUGGAAUAAGAUAUGCUCCGAAUCCGAAACGGUGGACAUAUUCCCAGCUCUAUGAAGGAAAUGGAGAACAUGUUUCAGCCCUCAACUACGGUUCCGAAUGUGCGCAGCUUUCAAGCGGCGCAGAAGACUGCUUCUUCCUCAAUGUUUGGACUCCAUUUUUGCCAAAACCAAACAAUAGGCAGAAGAAGGGACUGAAGCCAGUGAUGCUCUGGGUCCAUGGUGGUGCAUUCACAAGUGGCACUGGAAGUGAUCCUACGUUCGAUGGGGGUAAUCUCGCUUCACGGGGAGAUGUGGUUGUAGUCACGACCAACUACCGCUUGGGAAAUUUGGGAUUCCUCGCCCUCGAUGAUGGAACGACUAAUGGAAAUUAUGGCAUGGCAGACCAGAUUACUGCGCUAGAAUGGGUGCGCCGUAAUAUCGAGGACUUUGGCGGUGAUCCAGACCGAGUGACUAUAUUCGGACAGUCAGCGGGUGCAGGCUCAGUGAGAGCAUUGCUUGCCUCUGAAAAGGCUCGGGGACUGUUCUCGAACGCAAUCAUGCAAAGUAAUUUGGGAGGUGUAGGAUAUGGGACGACAUACUCGAAAUACUAUACUAUUGCCGAGGAAAUGGAGGUUGUAGGGAACGCCAUUCUGAAGGAAACAAAUUGCACAUUUGCAAAGUCGAGAAUCGAUUGCAUGAGAGAACUUCCAGCAUUCACAAUCACAAAUUUGGCGGACAGUGCCAGAUAUCUUGUUGUCGAUGGCGAGUAUCUUCAAACUUCCGAACUGGGUCUUACAAGUCCAAAAACCACAGCAAACGUACCUUUACUUCUUGGGACAACGAGAGAUGACGGCUCACCUUUCAUUGACUUCCCUUCAAGCGAUGAAACGAUCCAAGAAUUCCUGAGUGAAAAUGAUCUUCCUUCGAAUGUAGCGCCCAGCGAACUCUUCCCAAUUCCAUCAGGUGCAAACUACACGCUCGACAUAUUCAACACAUCCUCUCGAGUAGCUACAGACGGUAUGUUCCGCUGUAUCGAUCAAGCAACCGCAUAUGCAGGAUACAAUAACAAGAUAUUUCCGAAAAUAUUCUUCUAUGAAUUCAAUCGUACCUACCAGAUGCCAGGGUGGUCGCCGAAUCCUCCUCUCUGCCAAGCACCGUCCACAGCGGAGUCUCCGGAUGGUGAUCCAAGCCUGGAGUACUUCAAGUGUCAUUCUGGAGAACUGUAUUAUGUGUUUGGCAAUGUGUUGAGGAUCGGACUUCCGUUUCGGGAUGAUCUUGAUUUGCCGUUUGAGCAGUAUAUACUUGAUUCCUGGGCGAGUUUCGCUCGUUCUGCGGAUCCGACACCUAGUUUGGACUUUUUGGAGGCAAGAGGGUAUGUCAAUACGACUCGGCAGAUUGAAGAGACGGAGAAAUGGUUGCCGUUUCAGGGAAAUCAAUAUAAGAUGAGGAGAUUGCAAUGGCCAUCGGAAAUGGUGCAAUUGGACGAGACCCUUCAGUGUCGGGCUUUGAAUCUGUCGCUGAGUUAUUAUAUAUGA